AUGCCUGUGUAUCACACACCCCUCUUCAUCGAAGGCCUAAGCCUAAUGCCUCGCCACAGCGAUGACAUUCUCAAAUCCCCAAACCCAAGCCCCGACGCAACCCUCAAGAUCGUCGCAGCAGUAUGGGCAUUUGGAUGGAUCAUGUUUGGCCUCAUAAGCGUGGUUAGUCUCAACGCGCGUGGGAAAGCGGGUUAUUGGGUGCCGGAGUGGUAUCUCGACUCUGAAGGAACAAAAUGGGCUAAGCUAAGCGUUGCUGCAUGGUGGACUUGCGUGGUAUUGUUUUGGCCGAUUAUCUGGAUCGUUUACCUUGUUGGGAUUACUUGGAGAGCUAUUCAAAGGGGGUAUCGGAAUUGGAAGAAGAGAAAGAUGGACUGUGAAGGUGGUGAUGUUUGA